CCACCAAUAAGGUGUAUGGUUACAGAAUUCCGUUGAGACCGGGCUACAUCAAUAAGGUGUAGGAAAAAAAUAAAAAUAAAGUGACGGAGAAAAUUUUCUCAGCUGCUCCAUUCUUUCCUCCUUAUUUAUCGUUGGACUUUCUUCACGCUUGAACUGCAAUUUUUGAGGGGAGAGCUGUAAUUGGGGGAGUAAUUGCAUCGUGCUGAACAUACAGCCAGCCAAAAUUCCAGAAAAGAUAGGAAAAUAUCCAGUAAGUGUUGUAUAUUUUGUUGUAAUAUGUAUGUAUGUGCAUAAAUGUUAAAUAUUCCUCGAAUAUCGACUCAAAUGUAUUUCACGUUUCAACAGGUACUCUCAACUUUACGAAAUCAUGGCUAUGCAAAUAUCGGAAGGUGAUGACGACGACCUCUACUACGACGCUGCUUCAGAAAAUGAUUUUGAAGCUGAGGACGAGUCUGACAGCGAUAUUGACGAGGAUGAAACCAUAAACUGGGAUGAAGAAUUUCGUCCACCCGUGCAUAAUUUCCAAGGUCCAGAUGAUCAAAUCAAGGAUGAUUUUCGCCACCACUUUGGAACAUCUCUAGACAUUCUCAGAAAAUUCAUUGAUGACUCCAUGGUCGAAAAGAUAGCUAUGGAGUCGAACAGAUACGCUGAGCAAGUGAAGCGAACCUCUCCCCGUGCAUUUAUUGGUUGGACCCCAGUCACUGCUGCUGAUAUCUGGCGCUUUCUAUCUCUUAUUUUGGCCAUGACGCUUGUUAAAAAAUCAUCUUAUAAAGAAUACUGGUCCACAGACCCCUUAGUUUCGACCACAUUUUUUCCUUCUGUCAUGAGUCGAGAUAGGUAA